CUUUAAUGACACAAUUUCUCAAUACAUUAUGGGUAGUGCUGUUUGAAGACUCCAGUCCUGGGCCUCGGUACCACGUGGAUGACAAGAUCACUCGCUUUGGAAGAGAUGGCACUCCGUCGUACUCGAUGCUGGGUAGAAAGAAGGUCAGAGGUGAGAAACAAACCUGUCUCUCCCUAGCGGAUACGUUCCAAACUCCUGGUCCAGGAGCUUACAGUCCAGAGAAGGCGCCUCCGCUAAAUUGGCAUCGCCGCCAGCCAACCUACACCAUGGGCUUCCGGACACGCUACAGGAGCACAGAUGCUGUACCUGCCCCCAACCGCUACACCCUACCAAAUCUGUUAGGUACACGUAUUCCUAACAAGCCCUCUAGCGCCAGCUACUCUAUGUCCCGCCGCACAAAACUCGGGGCGCCCUCCGAAGACCUGGCAGCAACUCCCGGGCCAGCUCACUACAACAGAACAGACCCAAGCAUUUACAUGAACAGACAGCCGUCUUUCUCCAUACAGAGCCGUCACAACAUCCCCAGCAGCGCCACGUACAAGCCUGGACCGGGCACUCACUACCCAGAGAAAGUGUCAGCCCACCUGCCCAGGCCGCCGUCUUUCACCAUGGGGGUGCGGCAUUCAGAGUUUGUCACACCUUUAGUCAUUGACUUAAUUGACUAAAGAAGAAAAGUACAUAUUGUAAUCUAUAACCAGAUGUGAUGAAGAAACUCCUUGUUAUUUGUAUUUUCACAUGUAAAUUGUUUACAUCUUUUAAUCUUUAUCUUAUAUAUGGAACCAGUCGACUGUUUUUGUCAACUUCAGAAUUAUUGGCACCCUGUUACUAUAUAAUAUCUGAAACAGCACUGAGCUUCUUACAUAAAUGUGUCAUUUUUUCCACGAAUAACGGUAUUUAAGGAUACCAAUAGUUUUGCUGAAUGAAUUUUUAGAGAAAAUUUAAAUUUUAUUUACUUAUUUAUUUGAAUGGAAAUUGAUUUGCAUGUAAUGUAUGGCUUGACAGACUGAUUUUUUUUUUUUAUUAUUGUUAAAUUUACUAAGCUGAUGAAACAUCUUGGUACAGUAGAGCUUUCAGGUUUGUUUGUUCCAUUUAAAGUCAUGGCGUAAAAACAUCCUA